AUGCUCGAGGCUGCAGACCCAUCCACAGCAAGUCAUCUCAUGCAAGCGUUCAGAGGCUGGUUUGUGUCUGCUUCACACCAUACACUCCUUGCAAAGGGGCCCUCUGGCAAUGUCCUUGAAUGUUGUCAACAACCUGGUCGUACUUCCAAGGCACAAAAGCACCAAGCUCAGGCAAGCCAAGUAAAAGCUGCCAAGGGUGAAAUCCGGUUGGAGGCAAUGUAUGGUCAUCCUGAAUUUGAGCAGGGAUGUGAGACAGAUGAUGAUGAAGCUGAAGCUGAGGAUCCUAAUGUCAACUUAAGAAAGGCUUAUAACCUGGUAUUUGGAAUUAUAGGGGACAGCUUCUCAGCCACUUCUGCUGAAACCAAACCAGAUGAUGACCCAGUUGAUGUCAUACCUGACUUCAUCAUGACCUACUCCAUUGUUGCCCUUUUGGAACCAGUGGCCCUCAAUACUCAGACCAACCCACCUGCUGGUCCAGCCAGCACAAACCCCAAGCAGGAAACUCCCAAAGAGCAAGAGCAACAAGCCAACAUACAGAAGCAGGCACAAAUCAGUCAUUUUGAGAAAGCAUCCAUCCUAUACAAUGGCCAGUUCCUUCUGCAUCAAGCAAUCUUCCUGAUGGAGGAGGACAAGAGGGGUCCUUCUCGUAAAUUUUAUCAGCCAGGGCAUGAAGCUGAACUCAUCAACUCCUACACUUCCCAGUUCAACAAGGCACAGGAUGACCUGCUUCUGUAUAUGUUCAUCUACUUCAAUAUUGUUGAUGAGCAAGCAGUGAGCAUGGUUUGCCAUGCAGUGCCUGGUGCAUUCUGGCAUUGGGCAGAGUUCCACAGGAGUGAGAUUCCAUUGUAUUUCUUUCCCACCCCAAGAUCUGCACUUUCACUCCUGCGUGUCCCAUCUGAGGUGAAGAAGGAGAAGGACUAUAGCAUGAAGUGGAGGGAUCAGCCUGUAUUUGAGGUGGGCACAAAAGAGUCAGAUGCUGCACUGACAAGGAUGAUAAAGAAGGUAUUUGAAAACAUAAAGAAGCAUUCUCCCAAGAGGAUUGAGGGGGCAACACUUUACUAUGAUUAG